GUUGAGACCAGCAAUUGAGGAAACACUGUUGUGGACACCAAGCUUAAUUUAAACUCGUUUAACACGACGACUACGACCAGCGACGACAGCGCUGAAAAGGUCUCGGAUGGUUCGCCGCCGCUCAACAGCUGUGAGUCCGGUAUGAAGCCGGAGCCCGUCCAGUUUUGUGGCGGCGAAACCGGAGAGAAGGCUGAGAUGGUGGGCGGCGGACCGGACGUGCUGCUUGCCCCGGAUCAGCUUCUGGCGUCGGGGAUUGGUGAUUUGGCUGUGAAAGAGGAUGUCUCGGAGGGAGCAGUUGCUAUGGAGAUGGCUGCCGCGCCUGCCGAUGUUGAGAUAAAUACCACGGCGACAGGCGGCAAGGAGGGGCAGGAAAGCAGCGAGGAAGAGUCGGAGAGUAGCGAGGAGGAUGAGGAGUCGAGCGAGGCUUCCUCAAGCAGCGAGGAUGAAGAGCAUGGGGACAAGAAGGAUGAGGAGUCGAGUGAAGCCUCGUCAAGCAGUGACGAGGAAGAGCUGGAAGCCAUGGAACUUGGUGGUGCUGGUGGCAAUAGCUUGGAGGCCCUCCUUGAGGAGGGUGAAUUGAUGGUUGGGAGCGAUGAAGAGAAUGAGGUACCAAAGGGCCGCAGCAAAUCCAAACAUGAAGCAGAGGUCCUUCCUCCAGUCCCAAAGAUUGAAAUACAGUUGGAGCCACAUCAUCAGACUCUUCCAGUAGGGACUGUCUCAGCUAUUAUGGGUGAGAGAGUGAUUGUUGAAGGAUCAGUCCAACACAAUCCCCUGAAUGAAGGCUCAGUUCUCUGGAUAACAGAAAGCAGGACGCCCCUUGGUAUUGUCGAUGAGUUGUUUGGACCUGUAAAAAAUCCUUACUAUCUGGUGCGCUACAACUCUGAGGAAGAAGUUCCUGCAGGGAUCACUGCAGGAACCAGUGUCUCUUUCGUAGCAGAGUUUGCUGAUCACAUCCUGAAUAUGAAGGAGCUCUAUGCGAAAGGUUAUGAUGCAUCCGCAGACAAUGACAACCAAGAAGAUGAACCUGAAUUCUCUGAUGAUGAGAAGGAGGCUGAGUACGAAAGGUCACUACGCCAAGCAAAAAGGCAGACUGAUAGACAGCACGAGCCACAGAAGCAUUCUAGCGAUAAGAAGAGAUCACAGCCCAGAGGUGGUGGCUUCCAAAAGGACAUGCCACCAAGGAAUCGGGAUGCACCAACACCAGGUCAGCAGCCACAUCCCCGUUUUCACUCCUCAGACAUGGCUCCUGCAGUUGCUGAAAAUAAGGCACGCUCAUUGGGGCCUCAGAACGCUUCUAUGCGUGCUCCAACCAUGCUGCCACCUGGCCCAAUGAAUCCUGCCAUGCCAUCACCAGUUCAUCUUGCAAAUCAGAUGGGUGGCUGCUUCAUCAAUCCAGCACAGCAGUUCUUGCCCCAGCAGCCAAACAUGGUUUGGCCUGGUGGGCUUCCUCCUCCACCCCAUCCGAAUAUGAGGCUAGACGGAGCUGCCCUCGCUGCCAGCAUCAUGCAGAACCUCCUUGCCGGAGCAAACCAGUUCCAUCAACAGAUGCAGAACCAGAACUUCGGGGGUUUCCCGAACCAAAUGCCCAUGCCCUUCCCGCAAUUCAUGGCCCAGACUGGAAUGCCUGCAAAUCAGUUGCCAUUCGGUGGUGGACCCCCGGUGGGGAAUUCACUGUUUGGUGCAGCACCUCAAAUGCCUAUGGGGCAAGGCAACUUUGGCCAACCGCUUCCACACAUGGCCUCCGGGAAUAGGCAGGAACAGGGACCCCGUCCUGGAUUCCCAGAUGACUCACCAGGAUUCACAGACCCAGCACAACCCCAUGGAAACGGAGCUGAGCAUUCACCUCCGCAGUUCAGUUCUGGGCAGUUUCAUCAAGGGAGCUCGUCCUUCCGUGGUGGAAGGCAGCAGCGCGGUGGCCGGCAUUCUUCAGGCAGAGGUGGCGGCCGAGGUGGCCGGCAUCGUAGAUAGGUGUCUUGCACCCAGUCUCGGGGGUAAUCUACCCCCGUGUAUUUUUGACUUCGUAUCGAACUCGCGCUAGGUUUCAGUAUGCGUGUUCCCGUCUAUUUUUAAUCGAGAUGCCGGGUUGCUGUAAUGCGAGAAAGUUGUUUCUGGUAAUGAAGCUUUCUGCAUCGAUUUAUACGGUGCUAAAAUAUAUAUUCUGUGCUUGCCACAUAGCGUGCUCACAUCGUUGUCCGUGUUAUUUAUGCUGAAAAGAAAAAGAUAGGUGCUGUGAUUUUUGGAUUUUUAUUUAUGAUGAAAGUGAUAAAUGUUUUUUCCUGGCGAGGAAUAAUCGUUUUUUUUCUGAAAUUUCUAAAAAAAAUAGAAGCUGGCAAAGCAGUAAUCUCUAAACAUUAUCCACUAGAUAUGCCCCGUUUUCAAUCCAGUUGAACGUCUUGUCUGGAUUCUGCAAACCGACUGCGUGCGGAAGAGACUUCUUUUCUGGCUGCUUCCAAAUCAACAAAUUGGAUUGUACAUUUUUUUGAUUUUGAUAUCGAUUCAUUGUUCCAACUCCAUCUCUGCCGCUGCAAACCUCUGCUGCGUUUUCACCACAUAAAUGUGGAAACAUCAAACUAAAAUGGGGGAAAAAAUUGAAUUGAAUUUAGAAGAACAGUUGCGAAGUGAUAAUUCCUGAAGAGAAUCUUCCCCACGCGUCCCUUCGCCUCCAUGGCCUCGCUCAAGCCUGCUCUCCUCGCACCUCCCCCGCUCUGCUGCUGUUCGCACGCCUUCCUCUUCCCAAGGUUCAGGAAACUGCCUCCAAGAUUCUCAAAUGGGUCUUGUUCCACUUCCACGGCGGGACCGUCGGUGCGGGCAGAGUUCGUGGGGAAAAGCGGGGCCUUGUCUUGGAGAACCGCGGGGCGACAGCGGCUGCGACUUGGCGCCGCCGGGGCCGGGAGAGGCCCCUUCUUUGGCGGCGGCGGGAGGCGCAUGGACAAGGGCAUGAGUCGGGUUGUGGGGAACCUCGCCUUCGCCGCCGUCUUGACAUACCUCGCCGUGACAGGCCAGCUCCGCUGGGUUCUUGACGCCAUCGUCUCCCUCUGGCUCCUCACAAUACUGCUGCCUAUCCUGGCUCUGGGUGCAUUUUUCUUCUUUGCAGGGCAAGAUAUACUCCAGGGCGAUUGUCCGAACUGUGGAAAAAGCUUCCAGAUAUUGAAGUCAGCUUUAAAAGAUGGACCACAACUAUGUCCUUAUUGCACUCAGCCUUUCUCUGUUCAGGGCAACAAAUUUGUAAGAGAAUCUGCUAGAUUUUCAUCUGGAAGGGGUGCUGCUGCUACAAAUAGACAAGUGUUCAAUGAGUUCUUCAAUCGUGGCAUGAGAGGAAUGGCCCCUUCUGGAACAAUCGUGGACGUCGAGGCUGAAGUCAAAGACGUCGAGGCUGAAGUCAAGGAUGUCGAAUGAUAUCUCUGCAAGAUCCAACAUAAUAUCAGCACUGAUCAAUAUCGGUUCUUCUGCUCUUCAGUUGAAUGCCAGUUUUGCCGCAGGCUAUACGAGUCCGUAGCUGCAGCCUCAUAUAUAUGUUUGAAGCAAAGAUUGUGUCCCUAUGUCAGAACUGAGAAGAAGCUGAAACUGGGUGGACAUCUGUUGGCAAGUGUUUAUAGAUUGACAAAAUGACAAUGCAUAUAGUUUCUGGGUAGCGUGACCGGAACAGAUGAGUUGUGCGGAAACCGGAACAGGAGUAGGCACAUGGUACGUCUAGUGUUUUGUGUGUACAUGAUAAAUUGUAUCGUGGGUAGCUAGUAACGGACGAGUGAAAUUAUUGUAGAUUGCUUUGUUUGUAAGAGACAGUUACAGCGCCACAGACCUGGAAUUGCUGGCUCUCCAACAAUGACUUUCAUUCGAGGGAGAUCCUCCCCAUUCCUCCGUUUUAUUUGAUUGGUUUUUAGUAUAA